GGGGUGGGGGGAUUGUGAAGCUGGGCCACCGCCUCUGACAGGCCGGAUCUUUUUUUCUUUAUUUAUUUAUUUUAGGUCGUGAUCACUCUGUCGUUAAACUCUCGCCGAGGGAAAAAAAAACGUCUCUCUCUGCCACCCGCGCGAGUCGGGAGCGCGGGGGCUGUGCCACUCUUUGCGGACACGUGCACGCUCCUCGCGCACCCCCCACCCCCCCUCCUCUCUUUCUCUCUCCGGUGCUGAGCCUCUAACAUCUCUACAACAUCACACACUGGGCUCUAAACUGAAAAGGCUCCUUUUUUGGGGGAAAAUAGCGCUGAAAUAGAGAUUUCAACGACCAUCCAGGACGAGUGUUUGUGUCUUUUUUUUUUUCCUUAUUUGUCUGAAGGUGAUUUCUGAUGGAGUAGCAUGGAUGGACAAGCCAAGAAAAGCGGAUGAGGAUUUUCUUACGGUUCGGAGAGAACGGCAACUGCGACGACAUUCAAACGCCAAGAGGCAUGAUUUUUAUGUAGGGCCAAAAGAGAAAAAUCAAUCAAGCCACCUGCAUGUGCUUUUUGGGGGGGCUGAUCUGACAGAUCUUUUUUUGAAGUGAAGAACAAAUUUAUCUUGGACAAAAAAUGGCUCAUCUAAUACGACACAAGAUCUCCAACAAACUGACCAAUGCGGCCCACACGGUGUCCAACAAAUCCCAGGCCAAGGUCAGCGGGGUGUUCGCCCGACUGGGCUUCCAGGCCGCCACGGACGAAGAGGGUCUGGGCUUCGCCGAGUGCGACGACCUGGACUAUGACUACAGGCAGGGCAUGCAGAUGGAUGUCCUUCGGCGGGAAGAGGAGGAAGGAAGAGACGUGGAUGGAGAGGGGGAGCUUGACGGCGACACCCACUACCAGAGGGAUGGUACCGGCCCGAGGCAGGCAACCCUGAAGAGCGGAGGCUCUCUGGAGGAGGACAAACCAAAAAUCACGUCAUGGGAAGCUGGUUGGAAUGUCACCAACGCCAUUCAGGGCAUGUUCGUCCUCGGCCUGCCGUACGCCAUCCUCCACGGCGGAUACCUCGGCCUCUUCCUCAUUAUCUUCGCGGCGGUGGUGUGCUGCUACACGGGCAAAAUCCUCAUCGCGUGCCUGUACGAGGAGAACGAGGACGGCAUCAAGGUGCGCGUCAGGGACUCGUACGUGGACGUGGCCAACGCCUGCUGCGCGCCGCGCUUCCCGGCGCUGGGCGGCCACGUGGUGAACGUGGCCCAGAUCAUCGAGCUGGUCAUGACGUGCAUCCUGUACGUGGUGGUCAGCGGCAACCUGAUGUACAACAGCUUCCCCAGCUUCCCCGUCUCCCAGAAGGCCUGGUCGGUGCUGGCCACGGCCGCGCUGCUGCCCUGCGCCUUCCUCAAAAGCCUCAAGGCGGUCUCCAAGUUCAGCCUCCUGUGCACGCUGGCGCACUUCGUCAUCAACAUCCUCGUGAUCGCCUACUGUCUGUCCAGGGCGCGCGAGUGGGCGUGGGAGAAGGUCAAGUUCUACAUCGACGUGAAGAAGUUCCCCAUUUCCAUCGGCAUCAUUGUGUUCAGCUACACCUCCCAGAUCUUUUUGCCCUCCCUGGAGGGCAAUAUGCAGAAGCCCAGCGAGUUCCACUGCAUGAUGGACUGGACCCACAUCGCAGCCUGCGUCCUGAAGGGCCUCUUCGCCCUGGUGGCCUACCUGACCUGGGCCGACGCCACCAAAGAGGUCAUCACGGAUAAUCUGCCCUCAACCAUCCGGGCUGUGGUGAACCUCUUCCUUGUGGCCAAGGCGCUCCUGUCCUACCCUCUGCCGUUCUUCGCAGCUGUAGAGGUCCUGGAGAAGUCGCUGUUCCAGGACGGCGGCAGAGCCAUGUUUCCUGACUGCUACGGCCCCGGCGGGCAGUUAAAAACCUGGGGUCUUGGCUUAAGAGUGGGCCUGGUGGUCUUUACCCUGCUCAUGGCCGUCUUCGUCCCCCAUUUUGCCCUGCUGAUGGGUCUAACUGGAAGCCUGACAGGCGCAGGCCUGUGCUUCCUCUUACCGAGCCUCUUCCACCUAAAGCUCCAGUGGAGAAACCUUCUCUGGCACCACGUCUUCUUUGAUGUUUCCAUUUUUGUUAUCGGGGGCAUAUGUGCCAUAUCAGGCUUGAUCCACUCCAUUGAGGGGCUCAUAGAGGCGUACAGGUACGACAUCCACGACUGAGAGGCAAAACCUCACAAAGCACAUUACUGACCAACUGACAUUAAAAGGAGAAUAAUUUGUGUGAAAUGUAUAUCUUUUUAUUUUUGCCUUAGUGAUAAUGUGCAAUAAUGAACUCUAUUCAUCGAUUAGGCACAACAUUAUGACCACUGAGAAGAAAGAUGAAUAAAAUCAUCUCAUCAUCAUGAUACCUGCAAGGGGGGUGGGACGCAUUCUGAUGUGAACAUUUUGUCCUCAAAGGUGACGUGUUAGAAGCCGGCAAAAUGAUUAAGCAUAAAUGUCUUGUGGGGUGUUUGAAGCCUGCAGUGGUUGGUUUCGGCACUUGCUCAGGGCUGCAUUAGAUGGGGGACAUCAAUAGCACUGGACAAAAAUAAAUAACUUACGUGUCUUCUGAUUCAACAGAUGAGCUCCAUGAUCUCAGACUUCUUCAGAAACAAAGCUGUCAGAAUACACAGCUUGUUACAAACAUGGUUGCGAAUCCAUUGAGUAGUUAGGUUAGUUGAGCACCAGAACCGGACCACUUUACUGUGAAAAGAUUUUAACACACCCCUAAAACAGUAGUAGACUGACGUUUUCUAUUUUGCUGUGUUUUGCCGCGAGCAAAAUACGCAAAGAAGCAUUUGUGUUUCCCACCAUCCCUGAGCCAAAAUCCAAUAUGGCUGCCACGUGUUUCAAACAGAUGACAAGCUGCAAUGACAAAUCCUUUAUUUGGACCUUUGGUAGCCUGAGUGUCGUUAAAUCUUUCACACACAUAGAUAGACAUAACACCUGCUUUUGUGAACAUUUUUGCUUUAGGGAUUCCACGCUCGCCAUGAAGGAGCGUUUGCUGCUUUUAGUCUGCAUCGGAAACAGCAAGCGGUUGACGGUGUAAGCACAAAUGGGAAAUCCUAUUGACUUUCUAACUUGCAAUUAGAAUGCGGUUAAGCUGGGUUUGUUGUUUAUCCUACAAACCCAGUUUCGACCUGAGAGGUAAAUGGAAAGGACCACAUGCGGCCUCGUGGGGCACCUUUUCUCACUUCAUUGUUGUCUGCUUUAGUUUCUACUGGGAGGCUCAUUGAAACAUUUUCUGCUCUUCCCUUCUGAGUACGAUCAGACGGAAGCAAAACACCGUUGGCUAUAACUACCUUUUGGACUCAUUAGUGCUACAUUACACAUCUGUGCUUGGUAUUCACUUUGUUAAUAGUAACUUCUUGGAUGAGAAGUAUGACACUAUGAAAAGGGGCAAGAAAGAAAGGAUGUUACUUUGACACGUACCACCUACCUAAGCCAUGACCGUGAACAACCUUUCAUGCAAAUGUUAUUCUCUGACGGCGCUGCCACGGAGCAAAACCGGUUCAGGAGAGGUUUGAGGAGGACAAUAAGUUAGAAGUGUUGACCUGGCGUCCAAAUUCUGUCAAUCUCACUCUGAUUCAGCAACUUUCUGGUGUGCUGGACCAACAAGUCCGAAUCACGCAUUACAGGAUCUGCUGUUAACAUCCGAGUGCCAGAUACCACAGUUCACAUUCAGGGGUCCAUGCCUUUAAGGGUCAGGGCUGUUUUGGCACCGAUAAAGCGCGGCUAACAAUCAGUCAGGUGGUCAUAAUGUUAUUCCUAAUCAUUGUAGUGUAAAGUAGUUACUCAUCCCAUAAAAAAAAAAGUGUUUAAUUCAGCGGACAGAGGGGGACACGACCUCCGCACCAGAAGAGGGCAUUAAAAACUCUGUCCAUGUGUCGAUCUUUAUGCAAAGGUUCAGUGAAAACGUCAGUAAGUGUGUACGUGUUUAUAUCCGAGGAAUGAAAUAUGUGGCUAAAACAAUGACGUCAAUAUGUUAUCGUUGGUUUUUGAGCUGCUAUAAGUAUCAAUAAUCAGAGAAAACAGCAGGCAACCAUCGGAUCAGAUGGUGCCCUACAAACUAUGAAUAUCUUCUGUGUAGUGAUUUGAACAGAAAGAGUACCUUUCUGUCGGGAUUUGUAGUUUAUUUUUUUGUUUUAAUAUUCUAAUGCCGGUGGAAGUCCUUGUUUGUUUCCUCUGUGUUUUCAAGUGUCUUUCUGGAUGGAGUGAAAUCAAGUGCAGGCAAGUGUUUCCUGCUUGUGUUAUAUUAAAACAAUCGUGCGUCUGAUAAUAUUCUGUUCCUAUUGAACGUGUUUGUUGUGAUUUAAUGGAACUAAUCAUGGUGUGUGAGACAAAGAGUAUAUGUUGACUCAAGAGAUAAAUAAAUCCAAUAUUUUAUCGCU